CAGCACACGCGCAGCAGCAGCAGCAGCGUUCCAUCCGCCUUUAAACGGGAAGACGAGCGAGGCGCGUCGGGACCCCUCCUGCUUGUCUGCAUCGGGGGCGCUCCACAUGAGUGUACCCGCAGCGACGGUGCAGCAGCGAGCAGACGGCAACGACGACGGUGGUGAAAUGCAAUCGGCCGCGGUGGCGCCGUCCUCCUUCAUGCCGUGCCAGUCGGGCAAGAUUCCGGGCAGGAAGCGAGGCAGACCCCCGCUCCGCAGCGUGCCCAAGAUGGAUUUCGCCAACCUCUACGCCGACUCGCUGCCGCCGCUCAAGGUGCCGAAGAAGAGGGGGAGGAAGCCGGGAUUCAAGCUGAAACCCAGGAUGGUGAUGACGCCGUUAGCCAUCUCGCCGCCUAGCAGCACCCCCGAACCCGACAUGAGCUCCAUCCCUCAGGACGCCGCCACGGUCCCCCACUCGGCCACGCCGCAGGUGCUCACAGUGUGCAUCUACAUCAACAAGCAGGCCAACACGGGCCCCAACCUGGACCGGAAGAAGAUCCAGCAGCUGCCCGACCACUUCGGACCCGACCGGCCGUCGGUGGUGCUGCAGCAGGCCGUGCAGGGCUGCAUCGACAGCGCCUUCCAGCAGAAGACGGUCUUCGCGCUGCUCACGCAGGGAUACGGGGGAGAGAAGAUAUCGGCCACGUUUGACGGCAAGCAGCACCUCCUGAGCCUGCCUGUGGUGAACAGCAUCGACUACGUGCUGCGCUUCCUCAAGAAGCUUUGUCGCAGCCUGCACUGCGAGAACCUGUUCAGCGACCAGCCCAUCAGCCAACGGGCCUCCUACCGCUCCGACGGGGAAACGUCUCUGGGCGAGGAUUGCCGCCACGGGCAGGCGGAGGGGAAGCGCUACCCGGCGGCAGAGCACAGGGAGUCCGCGUUCAGCUCCAUCAGCUCCACAUCAUACUCGUCUUCGCCAAAGUCCUCUUACGGUUUCCGCGCGUCGCAGCAGCUGCCAAACGCCAGGCGGUCGUCGGGCAGCACCAACGCCUUCACGGAAAGCAACAGGACAGGAGGCUACGCCGCACAGGAGUCCAAGGCCCCGUCCCCCGGCAAGGAUCCGUCCACGUGGAGCGUGGACGACGUGGUGUGGUUCGUCAGGGACGCCGACGCCAACGCCCUCGGACCUCACGCCGACGUCUUCAGGAAACACGAGAUCGACGGUAACGCCCUGCUGCUGCUGAAAAGUGACAUGAUCAUGAAGUACCUUGGCCUAAAGCUGGGGCCCGCCCUCAAGCUCUGUUACCACAUCGACAAGCUCAAGCAAAGCAAGUUCUAGGAUCAUCGCGCCCGAUUGGUCCGUUUACAGGAACUAACUUUAAAAAAACAAACAAACAAACAAACAGGCACAAUAGGCUCAGUGUGUAGCUGAUGAUUGGGUCGAAUCGAGGCCAAACCAACAAAUGACUGUUAAAGACCCUGUAAAGGUCCAUGUUUUGUUUCUAAAUACAUGAAGUAUGUUUGAUGAUAAGUGCUGAAAACAUAUGCAAAGACUGAGAACAAUUUAUUACUGAAUUGCUGAGAUUAAACUUGCGUUAAACUCUUUUUCACCAUCUCAGUUGUCCGGAUGUUUGGGGCGGGGUUACAAACAAGCCCAAAGACACACAAGGGCUUUCUGGCAUUAGUCGGCUCUCCCUGAAUAGACAGUCACUUAAAAAAAAUUAAUAAAAAGAUUAGCCGACUUUGUUUUGUUCAAUUUCUUGUUCAUUUUAAUGCCUCAUACAAUGCAAACGACAAAAUAUAACUUAUUCCAAAAUAAUUUGUCCUAUUUGGCAUGCUUAAGUUGAAUUGCAUUCUUAGUGCUUUUGGUUAUUAUCAAGAAAAACCAUGGGAAAUGGCUCGAUCUCAGCUCUUGAAUUAAACUAUUAUGAGCUAUUUUUGUUCUCAUUAUUAUAUUUGUCCAAAUGAAUGUACCUUUAGUUGUACCGGCCUUUAAAAAUGAACAAAACACUGAAGAAACAAUUGUGGGAUAAUAUGUUUUUUUGUAGUGGCUAUAUACUGUAAGUAUAUAUUGGACGGCUCCACUGCAAAUUGGCCGGCGACUAGCGGCUAGUAGCUACCAGAAGGAGCAGCACAAUCUCCAUUCAACUGAAGUAAAAUGUAUGACAAAAACAGUUGAAAUAUUUCAUUGGGGAAAGAUGAUUUGAGAUAGGAGUGGUAGGAAUUACAAGCGGGGAUAAUGGAAUGAAUUCAACUCGUUUUGUCAAGGCAGCACGAAUGCUAUUUUAUUAUUAAAAUAAACAAUUUUACGUACACAUUUGAAGUGUUUUUGGCUCAAUGGUCUAUUUUUCAAUAUGUCCCCUUGAGCACAAAAAUGUUCCCGCCGCUGCGCUACAUGUAGAUUGAUUUCUUAUAAAAACCUGCAUUGAAAAGUAUUUAAUUUAAAGAUCUUUUGAUACGAAUAUUUUUUUCUUGGGCAACAUCUCCACUCAAUUAGCCCGUUUUCUCAAACUUGGUAUAAAAGUACUGUAUAAUCCCAAGGAAGCAUAGUAAUAUAUAUAUAUAUAUAUAUAUAUAUAUAUAUAUAUAUAUAUAUAUAUAUAUAUAUAUACUUACAUAUACAUGUAUACAGUAUGUGUGGAAAUGUUUCAAUAUACUCAAAGUGUCACAAACGUCGCCAUUUUGGAAGAGCUAUCUUUAUCAGUGUUGACGCAUACAAGGACGCUUUGUGAUUUGUGAUGGUGGGACAUCGAGGAACUAUAAAUAAUAUGUAAUAAUCCUGUAUGUGAGUAUUAAA